AUGUCGAAACGUUCGCAACCUCACGACGCUCACCCGAGUGACCACUCAGCCAUCUACCACGAGGACCUAAAACAUCCUUCCGUAAAGCGUGCAAAGGAGAUCGAUGAGAACUCGCCAUUCGAACAGCUCAAGGAGAUUCUGGCAGAGCAGAAGACCGACCACUCCGUACGAAACGUGUUGCAUUGGUUUAGAUCCAAGGAUGUACGAGCAGACGACAAUCGUGCACUCCAUGCUGCAUCACAAAAGGCAAAGGAGGGUGAUGGAAGUCUGAUUACCAUGUACCUGCAUAGCCCAAAGGAUCUGGAGUGGCAUGGUACCAGUCCUGCUCGAUCCGACUUCCUUCUGGAAUCUCUCUCAUUGUUGCAGAAACAAUUGCAUCAGAAGAACAUUCCUAUGGCUAUCGUAACUGCUGAAGAGAGAGCGGAAAAGUCUGAUAGAGUCUUGCAAUUCAUCAAGGACAACGACAUAUCUCACGUUUUUGGCAAUUUUGAAUACGAGGUUGAUGAGAUCCGUCGCGAUAUCAAGGUCGCGCAUCGUAUCCAGGACGAGAAGGAUGUGUCCUUUGAGCUGUUACACGAUCAGACAGUACUUGAACCAGGAUUACUCAGGACUGGAGCCGGCACACCCAUGAAGGUCUUUACACCCUACCACAAAGCAUGGCUCGUCGAAACCAAGAAGAACCCUGAGCAUCUCGACUUGGUCGCACCUCCCGAGCCCAAUGACAAGUCAGCCGCAGAGAAGCUCAAGAAGCUCUUCGAUUCCAAACUUCCCUCCCUACCAGAGAACAAAGACUUCAUCAACGACGAGGAAAGAAAACGCAUCCGUGGUCUAUGGCCCGCAGGUCAUUCAGCAGGCAUGGACCGUCUCGAACACUUUCUCAACGAAAAAGUCUCAUCCUACGCAACCCACCGCUCAGAACCAGCACGAGACCCUUCCUCCCGCCUCUCAGCCUACAUCUCCGCCGGCGUAAUCAGCGUCCGCGAAGCCCUCGCCGCAGCCAAAAAACACAACAAGAACAAACACUUCGACGCCGGGGACUCCGGCAUAGCCUCCUGGGUCCGCGAAAUCGUCUUUCGCGAAUUCUACCGCCAAAUCCUCGUCGCCAUCCCUCACAAUGCCAUGAACCUACCCCAGAAUUUGAAAUUCGAUAAUGUGCAUUGGGAGGAAGAUGAAGAGGGUUGGGAAAAAUGGUGUCAAGGCAAGACCGGUGUACCUUGGGUGGAUGCAGGGAUGAGACAGCUGAACACGGAAGCUUACAUGCAUAAUCGCUUACGCAUGAAUACUGCCAGCUACUUGACGGCAAAUCUGCUCAUCGAUUACCGCAGGGGAGAAAGAUAUUUCGCUACCCAUUUGAUCGAUUGGGAUCUUUCUAAUAACACGCAAGGUUGGGAACCGUCAUAUACCGUUUUCAAUCCCAUCGCGCAAGCGGAAAAGUGCGACAAAGAGGGCGAGUAUAUCAGGAAAUGGGUCCCUGAGUUGAAAGACUUGAAGGGCAAAGAUAUCUUCGAUCCGUAUGGAAGGUUGAGCAAUGAAGAGUUCAAAAAGCUUGGGUAUCCUGAGCCACAUGUAGAUUUCGCUAAAAGCAAAAAGAGAGCGACGGAAAGAUUCAAGAAGGAUCUGGCAGAGGCUGAGGUUUAG